AUGAAGUUUGAAUACGCAUUAUCCGCUUUAUUAGCCUGCUCAACCGUCGCCGAUGCCUCUCCAAUAAAUAUCUUUGGACACAAGAGUUCGAAAGAACAACCACAACAAAAGGAAAAUGCAUUGACAGCCUUACAAGCUCUGGGUUUAAACACAACAAUUUCUUCCCAUAACUCUUCAAACACAUCUAAUAGUAGCAAUUCCACUACUACUUACCAUAACCAUACCAAUUCUACCGCUACGAACACCACUAAGCCAAAACCAACUUUAGAUGUGGUCUUUACUGGUGGUCACAUUCCAAUCUCAAACAAGACUAACUACACAAGAUUAUUUAACAGUUCUAGAGCUUUGAACUUGACUGAAUUGUAUGAUGUCGCUGUCUCUGUUAAUAAGACUAUUAAUAAGAACACUACUAAGGGUGCCGUUGUUAUUACUAAUUCUAAAUCUUUGGAAGGUUUAGGUUUCUUCUCAUCGGUGGUCUUCAACGAUUCUAAACCAAUUGUUAUCUCUGAAGAUAAUAAGUUGGCUACCAUUGUUGCUAAUGAUAAAUCUGCCGCCUCUCGUGGUCCAUUAGUAGUUACCAAGGAUGGUUUGAUUUACUCAGGUGUCUUUGCUCCAUCUUCUGCUUGUCUAGAAGAAUGUAGUGGUGUUGCUGAAGGUAUUGUUGUCAACGGUAAGGUCCAAUGGUUCUUCACAGCCACUACUCCAACUUUAGUGGAUGCUAACUCUACCAUCAGAAAGACAUUCAAGAAUUUUACUUCUUCAGUUGAAGAUACUACUGGUUUGGUACCAAUUGUUUACGAUGGUGAAUACUCCGAAGAAUUAAUCACUUCUGUCUCUACAAACAUUCAAGGUUUAGUUGUUGCCACUACUGGUUCCAGUAACUCGACUACUUCUCCAUUCGAUACUUUACCUGUUGUCUUUGCUCAAACUGGUGCCUUACAAAACUUUGUCGACACAGCUGAUGUGCCAACUGGUUCCAUCGCUGCCGGUUACUUAUCUCCAGUGAAGGCUCAAAUCUUAUUAUCUAUCGCUGCUGCUAACGGUGUCACUGACACUGAAUCAUUAAAGGCUAUUUUCCCAUAG